AUGGCGGACGAGAACAACGACCAAGCGCUCGUUGCGCAGUCGACCGAAGUCGCAGCGCCCGCGCCCAAGAAGGUCAAGAAGAUCAUUCGCAAGAAGCGCCCGGCGCGCCCACAGGUCGACUCCGACUUCAUCAAAGACGAGCCGCCGCCCCGGACUGGCACCAUCUUCAACAUCUGGUACAACAAGUGGUCAGGCGGCGACCGUGAGGACAAAUACCUGUCAAAAACAGCAGCAAAGGGUCGCUGCAACAUCGCUAAGGACGCCGGCUACACCAAGGCCGACAAGGUCCCCGGCUCCUACUUCUGCCUCUGGUUUGCGAGGGGCCUCUGUCCGAAGGGCCAGGACUGCCAGUACCUGCACAGGCUGCCGGGCAUCCACGACAUGUUCAACCCCAACGUCGACUGUUUCGGACGCGACAAGCACUCGGACUACAGGGACGACAUGGGCGGUGUUGGUAGUUUCAUGCGGCAGAACCGGACGAUAUACGUAGGCAGGAUACACGUCACCGACGACAUCGAGGAGAUCGUUGCGCGGCAUUUUGCCGAGUGGGGUCAGGUUGAGCGGAUACGCGUCUUGAACACGAGAGGUGUGGCAUUCAUCACAUACUCAAAUGAAGCCAACGCGCAGUUCGCAAAGGAGGCCAUGGCACACCAGGGCUUGGACCAUAGCGAGGUGCUAAACGUGCGGUGGGCCACGGCAGAUCCGAACCCGAUGGCGCAAGCGAGAGAAGCAAGGAGAAUCGAGGACCAGGCUGCAGAGGCGAUACGACGUGCGCUACCAGAAGCGUUCGUUGCCGAGAUCGAGGGUAGGGACCCCGAGGCAAGGAAACGGAGGAAGAUUGAGAGUAGUUUUGGCCUGGACGGAUAUGAGGCCCCAGACAACGUCUACUUCGCCAGAGGAACACAAGCCGUCAACCCUGUGGGCCGGGAGGGAUAUGAGCUGGAGCAUGAGCAACGACUCAUGAUUGAGAAUGGGCAAGCAGGCGGUGAAAUGGCCGCACUGCCUGCCCCUGAACCUGCGGAACAGGACAAGGGAGGCAUAUUCUCGAGCAGCACACUGGCUGCCCUGAAGACUGCCCAAGUUGCGGCUACACCCAAAGCAACAGUGCAGAAAUCGUCGGGGCCAUUGGUCGCGUAUGGUAGUGAUGAUGAAGACGAUGACGAAUAG